CACACGUCUGUCUGCCUACAGCACGUGACAUGUGUUUACAUCCUCUCAGCUGUGUUCUUUCGGAGUGAAGAACCGACUGGUAGGCAAGUCACCACUUCACAAACUACAGCUCGUUAAACUAACUGACCUUGGUGUUUUCCUUUGAAGUGCAUCCACCCCUGGGACUGAGUUGAUUCAUUUGACUCGGCGCUAGUUAGCCUGUCUUGAUACGACAAUGGUGUGAAGUGGCCCUAAGGGAAGGAGAAGAAGAACACAACCACUCAAUCCCUCAGGUGUCCUCUUCAUCUUUCCAUGCCACAUUAAGACAACAACACAGGGCUCCACUUGUGGAAAGAAGAGUUUUGCUCCCGCUUUUUGUUCUACUGUUUCUUUCUCGCCAUGGGGGGUGCGGUGAGCGCCGGGGAGGACAACGAUGAUCUGAUUGACAACCUGAAGGAGGCGCAGUACAUCCGUACGGACCACGUGGAGCAGGCCUUCAGGGCCAUCGACCGCGGGGACUACUACCUGGUUGGCUACAGGGACAAUGCCUACAAGGACCUGGCUUGGAAGCAUGGCAACAUUCAUCUGUCUGCCCCCUGUAUCUACUCUGAGGUGAUGGAGGCGCUGAAGCUGCAGCAGGGACUGUCCUUCCUCAACCUGGGCAGCGGGACUGGGUACCUCAGCACCAUGGUGGGACUCAUCAUAGGUCCAUUUGGAGUGAACCAUGGAGUUGAGCUCCACAGGGAUGUGGUGGAUUACGCCAAGGAGAAACUGGAUGACUUCAUCAAGAAUAGUGACAGCUUUGAUAAGUUUGAGUUCUGUGAACCAGUCUUCAUGGUGGGCAACUGUCUGGAGAUCUCGUCAGACAGUCACCAAUACGACCGUAUCUACUGUGGUGCGGGGGUGCAGAAGGAUCAUGAAAAUUACAUGAAAAUCCUGCUCAAAGUGGGGGGUAUUCUAGUGAUGCCUAUAGAAGAUCAGCUGACCCAGAUCACCAGGACUGGCCAGUGUUCCUGGGAGAGUAAGAAUAUCCUGGCUGUGUCGUUCGCUCCUCUGGUCCAGCAGAACAGAGCUGAGGGAAGCAAGCCUGAUGCAGUAGAACUGCCCCCGGUGACAGUCAGGAGCCUUCAGGACCUGUCUCGCAUUUACAUCCGCCGCACCCUCCGAGAUCUGACCAACAAGGAGAGCCCUGACAACAGCCUGGUGCAGAGGGCGCCCCAGAAACGCAAGCGCAGGCGUUGCCGGCGGCGACGUAUUAACACUUACGUCUUUGUGGGCAACCAGCUGAUCCCCCAAGCCGUGGAGAGCGAGGAGGACGAACGGAUCGAGGAGGAGCAGCACAAGGAGGAGAAGGAGGCGCAGGAGAAGGAGGCGAAGGAGGAGGAGAGAGACAUUGGCAGCAUUGAGAUACUGAAGGCAGUAAAUGUACUGCGAGAUAAAAUCAUGACUUUACCUCUGCCUGAAUCGCUGAAGGCCUAUCUGUUACACUAUCGAGAAAAAUAACUGAUGGCUCAACCUACUGGCAUCUGUUCUAAUGGAUGCAAUGCCUGCUCAGAUGCUUUUCCUCACUUUCCUGUCUUCUUUUUUCAGUGCAGAAAGAUGUAGCAUUAUUUUGAAUUUCUCUUAAAGGUGAACCUGAAAUGGAGACUGAGAGACUUCCUGGUUGUCUUGGAUACUAUGAUCUGUUUUUUUAUGUUGUCUAUUGUUUUGGAUUUGUAUAUCAAAGCUUUAUUUAAAAGCCUACCUAAUGGAAAAUCAUUUCAAAGAUUAUAUUUUGAGGAUGUAGAUUUUAUCACAUGUUAAUAUUCCAGCAAAUUGUCACUAAAUGAAAUUGUAUAAAAUAAAAAAUGCUAACUAUAUUUGUUAAGAAUAUGAUAAUGUAAAGAUCCAUAAUUUUACUGCAACUUUUUCUAGAAGCUUUAAAGAACUUAUUACGGAAUAAAGAUGUACAAUUGCUGAAUGGAAGAACCAGAGACAUGCAUGUGCACCUCAUAUUAUUUGAAUCAAAGACUAUUAUGGAACAUUUUAUGAAACAUUUUCCUCAUGAAUCUUCGAAGGGGCAAUUCUUUCAUUGUUCUUUCCUCACACUGUUAUGUUUGAGUAGAGUGAUUUUUAAUGCUGCGUGACGAUGAGAGAUCAGUGGGACUCGGACUAGAUUGCUUUGUAAUUUCACCUAGAGGGCAUUCGUAAAUCUAUCAGAAGUGUUACUUUUAGAAUGAUUAUAUCCUCAUAUUUUAUCUCACUUUGCUCUUAAGUAACAUACAUUAGGCUUUUAUAUGAAUAGGCAUUUUAAUUUGGUGAUACAUUUUUAUGGCCUUGAGUGAUUUGUCCGGCAGACUUCUUUUCCCAUCUUUUUUGCUGACUUGCAGAAGGGUUUAUAAUCGUCAUGCCAGCGGUUAGGUUACUGGGGACUCUAAUUAAUGAACAUAUUUCUAAUGGUGAAUGAAAAUGGCCUUCUCAUAAAUGUCUUGAUCUGAGAAUCUAUUUUUCCCCCGGCACAGCAUCGCUAGUUCUUUAUCAUGAGGACUUAACACGUACAGUACCUCAGAACAAACAAGAAAACCCGCUAUGAACUUAUCACUAAACUAUAGUAUUAUUAUUAUAUGACUCAUACCCCUAUGAGUCAUAUAAUAAUAAUAAUAGUAUAGUUUAGUGAUAAGUGGUAUGGAUUCUCUUGAAGGUCAUGUUUGUCAUCUUUGGUCUACAAGACAUCCACUCAUGAUCAUUUGGAGGUGAUGUCCUACAUGAUCAUAAAUAUACUAGUUCUUUCUAUAUGAAAAGAGGUGGUGUGUUUUUAAACCACAAGGAAUGACCCGAGGCGGGUCAUGGCACAAAAACUCACAAUACGUUGUAUUGUACUGUGUUUUCUAUUUGCAGCAGCGCAAAAUUACAAUGAUGGGAGAUUUUUGGAAUCCUUUCUCUGUACUGUUGGUGUAUUCAACAUAACAAGCACCUUAUUCUGUUGUCCUAAAUCAUGAAAAGAGACUUGUUAUCCUUGGGUUGAUGUAUGUUUUUACUGUGGACUGGAGCAAAUGACAAGACACAUGGUAUUUGAGUCCGGUAGCUCUACGUGUAUCAAUUAUAAUUUUAUUGUGAGACUCCCAGUUUAAGAGAUGGCUUUUAAAAUGCCAUUACACCCCAUCACAUCCACUCCUUGUCAAGUGAUUCUUGUUUUAUGGCAAAGUAAAAGGGGACAUUCUGACCACAGUGACGUCUAAGAAGGAUGGGGUGCUUCUACAGUACAUUCCAGAAAUGCUUGAGAAAGAAUAGCAUGCUCAAUACCCAUUGGUAGAUGUCACGUUUGUAUUCAUAUUUGACAGUUGCGUCACAUACUUGGAAAUGCCUGAUUGGUCUUGCUUUGAAAGCAUUUUUAUAUUUCAAUAGCUGAAAUGAUAGUUGUUGAUAUGUUAUUGAGGUUAAAUUUUGUAUGAACAUGACAACAGUGCAGUAGCUGGUUAUGAUACGUUUGGUUCUAAAAUCAUUUGGAUUAGGUUGGAUUUGUUUGUUGUUGUAGCGCUCUCUUGCUGUCACAAGGCACUGCGAAGUCUUCUUGUAUGUAGAUCCAAACUCCGCUUGUGUUAGUUCUAUGGCUAAACAGGCAUGUGCACAAAGCCUUCCAUCUUGUUCUGGUGUAGUGUGUACUAUUUGGGUUUAACAUGGGGUUAGUUGAUUUCUAUAUAUUGGUUAUUGUAUUUUGUGAAGAUCCUGUAUACCUUUUUCCAUCAUGACCUGAGCAGUCUUCAUAUUGCCAGGAAAACAUUUGAAUUGUAAGCAAUAAUACAUAAAUGACUUUAGCUACAAAAAAGAAGCAGCAGAACUGUAUUGCUCUGAUUGGCAAAAACAACACAUUUUUAUAGUCAUCAUUUUGAAUAGUCAAAUCUCUGAAAAAUGCAGAGAUGCUAAAUUAUGUACACAUGAAACUGUUGAAAUCAUUAUUUACAAUUGGUGAAAUGGCAAAGUUAUGGUGGACAUAAUUCAGGAGUCAUAUUACCCCAUGUACCAGAGGUGAUGCAUUAUCAUAUGUACAGUAAUACUUAAUAGGAUUGUUUGGUUCCCCAAAUGGUCCCCACAGUAAAGACCCAAUUCCAAGCGUAUGUUAUGGUCUUGCCUUCAAUUAAUUUGUAGAAAGGCAGAACUAUUGUUCUGUUUUUCUUCUUAUCAGGCUCUUGUUGAUAUUUCAAAGUGUGAUGGCAGUUCAUUGUUGAAAUGGUGUCAGUUGUUCCCUCUGUACAUGUUUCGGCAUACACAAAAUAAAGGUCACAGACUUCA